UCGCGGUGUGCUUCGUUUUCUUCCUUUCUUGUUCGUGAGGGGGUUUAUUUCGUUCGAGACUCGUCCUGUUUUUUUUUUCUCUCACCCUUCCACGACGCAGUUCUUGUCCUUUCGAAUGAUCGGUUGCUCGUUGAUGAAAUGACCAUGGCACCUCUGUUUGAGAAUGUACACCAGUGGCAUGCUCGCGCCCUCGAGCAUGGAACGAAGCAGGCUUCUACGUUCGCGGUUGGGAUCCCGUUCAUCGUCAUCAGUUCGAUCGUUGUGGGUCUGCGGUUGCAUGCCAGACUCAACCUGUUGAAAGUGAACCUGGCAUGGGAUGAUUAUCUCAUGAUCAUUGGAACAGUGUUCACGAUAGCGCUUUCAGUCGCGAAUAUGAUUUGUGGCUGGUACGGCGUAGGCAUGCACACGACCGAAAUUCCCCCAGAGAACUUGACGCCGAUGCUCAAAGCAAAUCUGGCGACGCGGUUGCUCUACGUCACUGCUAUUUGUUUCGUCAAGUUCAGCAUCCUGGUGUUCUACUUGAAGAUUGAUCCCCGAAAGCCUACAAAAUGGGCCGUAUAUUUCCUCAUGGCCUUCGUUUUCGCGCUGUCCAUCACCACCUUUUUCGUACUGCUCUUCGUCUGUGUACCACCUUCGCUGUUUUGGCAACCGGCGGAGCAACUUCUUCACCCCGAAAAGUGCAUGAAGCAGUCGACCCAGCAAGUCUUCUUCAACGCCAAUGGAAUCUUGAACAUCAUCCAAGACGUCGGAAUCUAUGUGCUACCAAUCCCCAUCAUCUUCACCCUCCAAAUGUCUCUUCGCCAAAAGGUAGCUUUAGCAGCUAUCCUUUCUGUUGGACUCAUCGCCGUCGCAGCCGGCUGCGUGCGCUUCUACUACGUCCUCUUCCUUGCAAACGAAACUGACAUCUGGUACUACAUGGCCGACUCGCUCAACUGGUGCAGCAUCGAGAUCUACGCUGCAAUCAUCUGCGGCUCUGCAUCAACCUUUAAAGCCCUGUUGAAAACCUACCUCCCCAAGAUAUGGGGCAGCUCCCAAGACUCCAACGUCCAACCGCAUCACGGCUACAACGGCUCGCACAGCGGGCAAUUCGUCAUGGCGCCAUACGGUGGCGCGUCAUCGAACAAGUCGCACAGUAACCGCAAGUACGGUGUUGGCGACAUCACCGAGAUUGGGAACGAGAGCGAGGAACAUAUUAUGCCGAAUCGAAUGGUCAAGCGGGGAAGUAUGGAGAAGAGUGGGGGCGUUGCUCGGAUGUGAAUGAAAUCUCUGGUUUGGGGAAAAGUGAGGUAAUAACGGAGGAUUUGGGUCAUGGUAUGGGUAAUGUAUGAAUAGGAAAAGUGUGGUGUUUUGGGGGCUCUCGAGGGUCAUAAUAUGAACAUUGAAUCUUUGCAAAGUAUCAUGACCUGAUGAAGCUGAGACCCUUGAUUCGCAUUCCCAGUGAGCCUUCUGACGAUGAUGCUCUGAUUCAACUGCGACUGUUCCUACCAGUCGGCGAUCGGGUUGACGACAGUGAAAGUAUAACGAUAGUGAAAAAUCGAUAGAUAGCGAUCGGGUUGAACGCU